AUGAGUAUUCUUAUGAAUGGAGCAAAUGGUGAAACACUAAAAGAUUUGAAACAAUUCCUUCGAUACAAGAAUUCGUUUAGUGAAGUGAGCGAUGAAACCAUUAACACAGGAUUUGAAGUUAUAAACAAUAAAUAUUAUAAUCAAAUCAUUCACAACAAAGAUCUGCAACUAUUGGACACUUUCGUCAAUACUAUAAAAGUGUAUUAUAAGGGAGACAUACAAUCGGCUGAUUUUGUCAACAAUGGGGUAAUAGAGACGGAAAGAGUGAAUGAAUGGAUUCGCAAUUGGUUAGAAAAAUUCUGGGAACAAUCAACCAAAAAAUUGGAUUUUUAUAACAAUGGAAAUAAUGCCACAAAAGUGGACACAAUGUUUGUGAGGAAAGAAUUCAAUUAUUAUGAGUCAAGUGAACUGAAUUCAGAAAUUAAUUUACAAAAUCUCAAACAAGCCAUACAUUCGUUAAGACAGAGCGAAGUGGAGAUAUUUUUACCAAAAUUUAAAACAGAGAAAUUCUAUGACUUAAUGAAUGAAAUCAAUCCCAAACCCAUAGCACUGACAGAUAGAGCAGACUAUUCACGACUGAAUCGAGAUUUUGAUCAAAAAGUGGCCGAAAUUUUACACAAGACUUAUAUAUCAGUGGAUGAAUCGGGAACCGAAGCCGCGGCCGUUACUGCCAUACGAAUGAGCCGAUCACCCAUUCAUGUACUUUAUAAUGGAUAA